AUUUUUUAUUGAUUGCUAACAAAGUUUCCAAUUCAAUGCACCUUAUAGCGGGUCUCGGCCUGGGAGUUGGGGAGCCACUCGAAUGGACAGUGUUUGAUUGGCAUCACUUGAAAUUUUAGGGUUUUACAAUCAAGAUACAUACUCAGUCACGUCCUCAUCGCGUGCUGGUUUCUUGUGAGGGCCGUUGAAGGACAUGGUCGGUAAUUAUGGCCAGCACUGUAAGGAUUACCCCGGAAUCUCAGGGCCGCUGGAUCAUCUACCUGUAUUGAACCGACAGGUAAAUGAAACAAUGGCUCAUUUGGGAGGAUUCUGGAAAAGGGACAUUAUUCUGGAAUUAAAUUCCCGGAAAAUGUGACAUAAAUUGCAAAAUAAUGUAAGAAAAAAGGCCUCAGAAGGUCUGAGCGAAUGCGAGCCUAUAAAGAGCCCAGCCAGGACACGCAGCAGGAUCAGUCGAUAGCCGAAGACCAAGUGAUGAAAAUGUUACGCAUACAAUGCCAAAACCAUUCGGUGUUGCUCCUGCUGCUGAUGAUUCGAGGAGCACUCUGUGUGCCAGCACUGGACGCGACACCCCCGGCAGCCACACCAAAUACCAUCGACGAGAGUGACAAGCUGCCCGAGGGAAGGCCCUUACAGGGGGAGAUUCCUCUUCCCAACAGCAACACCAAAAGCAAUGAGACAAGCCCACAGGUGGCAGAGUCUUCUGAACCAUCGCCGCCCGAUAAUGAAGCCAGUGCCAGCUCAAUCGAUCCCACAACCAUCUAUGCAGGCGGACUCAUCACACCGGAGGCAUUCCAGCAGUAUCUGAGCCAGUACGGAGCCGCUGCGUAUGCUCCCUUUGGGGGCAGCUACCCAGCUCCGAUAUCCGCUGGAGCGCCUGGCCUCUAUCCCUAUCCGGGUCCCAUUGUGGUGCAGACCGGCUAUGAGGGUUUCCUGGUGCCCGCAAAUGCCGCUGGCCAAGCAGACACCACCGCUGUGGUGGCACCUGCCUCAGAGUCAUACUCUUCGAACAAUCCUCUGAUAGCCUUUGCCUCCAAGCUGCUGCCGACCAUCCUGAUGUCCACGCUGUUCCGCAUCGCCGCUGUGGUGCUCUCCGCCGUCGGAAUUAUACUGUUCGGAAGUGCCAUCACCAAUGCUCUGUGCCGGAUGACCCCCAUCUGUGAUAUACCCGCCAAGGCAGUGGAUAUCCUGCGCACGGGCGGAGCCCAGGAUGUGGGCCGCAUGCUUGCCGAUGAGAUGACUCCGGAGCGGGUGCGACGUGCCACAGAAUUCGUGCGGAAUGCCAUCCGCAAGUAUCGGCAACUGCAGAAGCUUGUGGAGCCCGAGUCCAGCUAGGUGGAAUGCAACGUAAGUGCUGGAAGGGCCGGAGGGUUUUAGAUUUAUUGUU